UCUACAUUGACCCAACGCUUCUUCUCCGGCACAAUUUGUUCAGAGAUCGGGUCGAACUCAAAAGAUCGAUUUUUAGAUGAUAGAUUUGGUUCCGUAAUAAUAUCUUCUGAUUUGGACUGAAGAAACAGGAUUACUCAAGUUUGGGGUUGUAGGAGAAGAUAAACAAACACACUUUGAGUAAACCUGAUGAGUGGAGGAGGCUCGAGUAGUUUGCGUUCGGCAUUGUCCUAUUGUGUGCAGCAAGUACGAAACUAUGACUAUCAUCACUACCUUUGUCUCCUUGAACUCCCAACUGAGAUGCGUAAAGCUGCAUUUGCUCUCCGAGCAUUUAAUGUAGAAACUGCAAGAGCCAUGGAUGUUGCAUCUGAUCCCAAAAUUGGCUUGAUGCGUUUACUUUGGUGGCAAGAUGCAAUUGACAAACUCUACACCAAAAAGCCCAUCAACCAUCCAGCUGCACAAGCUCUGUCUUGGGCAAUAUCAGAGCAUAACAUCAGUAAACCUUGGCUAAAACGCUCGGUUGAAGCUAGAAUCCGAGAUGCGCAAAGAGAAGUAGACGAUAUACCAGAGAGCAUCGAGGAGCUAGAGAAAUACGCAGAAGACACGGUAUCCACACUUUUGUACAACACCCUCCAAGCUGGUGGAAUUAGUUCGACAACAGCGGAUCAUGCAGCUUCACACAUUGGUAAAGCCAGUGGUCUUGUCUUGCUACUGAAAUCAUUACCUUACCACUGUACCAGAAACCGUCACCAAAGUUACAUCCCUGCGAAACUCGCUGAGAAGCACGGGUUGCUCGUGAAACAAGGUGGACGAUUAGAAAUCCUUCUGGAUAACGAUUCAAGAGAAGGACUAUGCAAUGUCGUGUUUGAUAUUGCAUCUGUUGCCAAUGCACAUCUCCUGAAAGCCCGUGAACUGGCGGGAAAGGUUCCCAAUGAAGCUAAACCCGUUCUGCUUCAUUCUGUGCCUGUACAAGUUCUUCUGGAUUCGUUGAGUAAAGUACAGUUCGAUGUGUUUGAUCCGAGGAUACAAAGAGGAGUCCUUGGUGUUCCUCCGCUAUUGUUUCAGUUUAAACUCAAGUGGUAUUCAUGGAGAGGAAUGUUCUGAAAACUUCUCUCUUUUUUUUUCUCGGUUUCAAAGACAUUACAUUAAAUUUCCUGUUUGUCUGUAUUUUUCCUUGUAAUAAUACAAAUUUACAAUGUGAUCGUUACAAAUAAAAGAACUUAUCUCCUACUUACAAAUAAUAUACAGUUUCAUGUGUUA